AUGGUCAAGAAGGGUGAUGAGAAGCUAAGGUUCCUCAUGCGGCAUUUGCCUGGCAUGAAGGAGGUACCUGUACCCAAACCUGGGGGGAAGCCCCAUGCCUCCUACGUUUUCAAGCACAUGAAGUUUCCGCGCGGCCACACCUUCUUGGUACAGGGCAAGAUC